GCCAUCACGUAUAAUUAUCGCUUUUUCAUAAUCGUUCGUGUAUUUUUCUAACCUGACCACGCAUCUCGGGCACCAUGUAUAUUGACGUGUUUUCAAUGGAAACGGCCAAUAUCGUGGAAAAAAAAAAGAAGAUCGGCGGUCACGAUCGAACGAUCGCCAUGUAACGACGAGCGAGCGAGAGAGAGAGAGACGAGAGUAGAAUGCGCAUUGAAAGUGUCAAAUAUCGAUAUCCGUGCGAAUGCGCACUGACCGAGUAUCUCUCUCGUUGCAAUGUGCGCGCGCACUAAAAUACCCCCUCGUCGUGCCUUAGCACCAGUCCACACCCCCGACGAAAACGAUGGAAUUAUCGAUCGCGUUGCUAUUCGAGCCGACAACUUUUCGCUAGGCUGACGGCAAAACCGUGGGGGACGCCACCGUUCCUCUUUUCUACCGGAGGAAAGGAAAACGUUCGCGUCUCGUUUCGAUGUUGCGAAAAUGAGUCCGGGACCGUCGAAACGUUGUGCUCCGCUACGUGUCGUUGAACUGUGCCUGUGAUCUGUGCGAUAAAAAAUAUUUCGCGAAUUAAUCCCCGCCGAUUCUCUGCCACACGACAGGCUCGACUCAUGAUGCAAUAUCCAAACAUCGAUAUACAAGAGGGGAGAAGGAUUCGUAGCGUGCGAAGAAGACUUUUUCAAGACGACGAUGACGAUAAUGAAACGGAAUCGGGGCGAAAUUCCCGUAUCGAGGACAAUGUUGCCAAUUGUUUUUUCGAAGAGGCUCGAAAAUACCGAGAGAACGCUAAGGAGAGAUGGAACUUCGACUUCGAGAAGGAGGAACCUCUACCCGGUCGUUACGUAUGGGUGAAGCUUGAUCAACACGGAAAUGAAAUUCGUAAUCCGCUGGAGGCGAACAGCCGAGUAGAAAAUAUACAAACGAUGCAGGAAGAAGACGCACAAGACGAUGACGUUACGAUGCAAGAUCAUGCGGAGGAUAAGGAUGACGAUAAAAUGACUGAUAGUACGUGAACGGAGAGAGAGAGAGAGAGAGAGAGAGAGAGAAAACAAUAACAAAAUAAAA